AUGGCACAACCAAUUACUAUGUCGAUGCCGAUGCUGAAUGGCAUGGGACCAUUAGAUUUUUGCAUGAGCGGGGCAAUUUUGCUUAGUGAGGUGGCUCAUUUGAUAUUUCUCUCAAUAUAUCCUUCCAUCGAGGCGGCGUCAUUCUCGAUUUUCAAACUAGAAACUAGUUAUUUGAAGAAAAGUUGUGAGAAAAUGAGACAGGCCAUUGUCCUGCAUUUUCUAGUUGGAAUUUUGGCCUGUUCAAGUGUUUCCUAUGUGGAGGCUGAAGAUGCGUACAGAUUUUUAAAUUGGGAAGUAACUUAUGGAGAAAUCUCACCUCUCGGAGUCAAACAAAGGGGAAUUCUUAUCAAUGGACAGUUUCCUGGUCCGACUGUUAAUGCCGUGACGAAUGACAAUGUUAUUGUGAAUGUCAUUAACAAGCUGGAUGAACCUCUUCUCAUUACAUGGAAUGGUGUAAAACAAAGAAAAUCUUCAUGGCAAGAUGGAGUUCUUGGAACCAACUGCCCAAUUCCUCCAAACUCAAACUGGACAUACAAAAUGCAAAUGAAAGACCAAAUUGGAACUUUCACAUAUUUUCCAUCCACGUUGAUGCACAGAGCUGCUGGUGGUUUCGGAGGGUUUAAUCUUUUAGCCAGGUCUGUGAUUCCAGUGCCAUACCAAAAACCUUAUGAGGAAUUUACAGUACUUGUGAGUGACUGGUGGGAGAAAGACCAUAAGGAAUUGCAAAAUAUACUAGAUUCCGGAGCUCCAUUUCCUCUUCCAGAUGGUAUUCUCAUCAACGGCCUCCCUCGUUCUACUUCCUUUUCUGCUAUACCAGGUCAAACCUACUUAUUUCGGGUAUCAAAUGUGGGAUUAACAACUUCAAUAAACUUUAGAAUCCAAGGCCAUACAUUGAGACUGGUUGAAGUUGAAGGAUCUCAUACAGCACAAGAAGUAUAUGAAUCACUUGAUAUUCACGUAGGGCAAUCCAGUUCUUUCCUGGUUACUGUAGAUGAAAACCCUAAAGACUAUUUCAUUGUGGCUUCGACCCGUUUUACCAAGCCCAUUUUCACUGCCACUGCAGUCCUUCAGUUAGCAGGUUCACGAUCUCCAGCCUCUGGGCCACUGCCUAAUGGCCCAACUUAUCAGCUUCACUGGUCCAUGAAGCAAGCUCGAACCAUAAGAUGGAAUUUGACAGCAAAUGCAGCAAGGCCUAACCCCCAGGGGUCAUUUCAUUAUGGGACCAUAAAUGUCGUCAGGACACUGGUGCUCGCAAAUUCUGCUGAAAAAAUCAAUGGAAGACAAAGAUACAGUGUUAAUAAGGUUUCAUAUCAGAAUCCAGAAACCCCAUUGAAACUUGCUGAUUAUUUCAAUAUUCCUGGUGUCUUCACCUUAAACUCCAUCAAGGACACCCCUCCUGCUGGUCCUGCAGUUCUUGGCACUUCGGUAAUCGGCACAACUCUUCACGAUUUUAUCGAAAUCGUGUUUCAGAACAAUGAGAAUACCAUGCAGUCUUGGCAUUUUGAUGGUUAUGACUUUUGGACUGUUGGGUUUGGUUCUGGCCAGUGGAAUUCUACUUUGAGGAGACGCUUUUAUAAUUUGGUUGAUGCUACCACCAGAUACACAGUUCAGGUAUAUCCAAAUAGUUGGAGUGCAAUAUUGGUGUCGCUCGACAACAAGGGUAUGUGGAAUUUAAGGUCAGCAAUUUGGCCAAGGCGUUACCUGGGACAAGAGUUAUAUGUUAGAGUGUGGAACGAUGAAAACAGCCCUUAUACAGAGUAUGAUAUACCCGCAAAUGAAAUACUUUGUGGCAAGAUUAAAAAAUAA